CCUCUCUCCCUCUCACAUAUACUCCAUGUUUACUCGUACUGAUGAAAGUAAAAAAACCUUUGUUGAAAAAACUCGUCUUGAACGUCAAAAACGUGAACGUGAACGAUUAGACCAACAGAUUCUCCUGAAACAAACUCAAGCUGUAUUAAUUCUUCAACGAUGGUGGCGACGCCAGUCUCAAGUUGCUCCUAUUUGGUCUUACUGGGAUUCUGAAUAUAAUGUUACAACCACAACAUUAUUGGAUGCCUAUUCUAUAGUCGGUCAGUAUUGUUUUUUUAGUCGACGGCAAGCUCCUGGUUCUAUUCGUUUGGCCAAGAUAUGUCGAAUCCUUACUACAAAGUAUACCCAUAACUCAGUCCAGCUACCAUUCUAUACCCUAUUGACCGAUAAACGUUAUCAACAAAAUACCAGACGUUAUAUUGAGGUGAUCAUGAAUCAAUGCUUACAACACAUUUGUACCAGCAACGUUGGUGACCAACAACAACUUUAUUUGACUGGCCCUGAACUAACGACAUUGCUCUACUACUUGAAUCCUACCUCGUACAAACCAAUACAACAACAAUUGGAUUCAGAAUAUACUAUUGGUAGACUACCAGAUACAGCACUUUGUAUAUUACAAUCUACACUCAAGAUUUUUUUUGAUGAUAAUAAUCAUGGUGGUAUGUUACGCGAGGCAUGCAUGACGCGAGUGGAAAGACUGGUGAAACUGGAAAAACGAUUCAAGCAACGUAGCAAACCUCUAGACAAGGAAGGCAAUAAAAUGGCAAACGGUAUCAAACUAUGGUUAACUACAGUGACACGGAUUUGUUUGUUUCCUUUGGAGCACGCAAGUGAUUCUUCUUGGAUGAAUUGGGCAGCAACACAUUUUUGGACUUCCAUUCUGACUGUACCUCUUUUGACUCAACUUGUCUCUUCGAUGGUAUUUGAUCUUUUACAACGGUGGGCACUUGGCGCUAUUCAUCCUUUCAUAUCAUCAUCGAACAAAUCUAAUUCAUCCUCGACAAUGGUUACCUUGGUAGGUGGUAAUGGUUACUUAUUUCUGAUGGCGAAUUUGGUGGACCUGUACAAGGACAAGAUGAUGGAUCAACAUGAUAUUGCUUACCAAUUGAUGAAUACUGUUAUUCAUUUGGUUUCUUUGGCAUCUCCUUUUUAUUCUGAUCGACAACGACAACCCUAUUCCCAUUAUCAUCCUAUUUUCAAAUGGUCACGUAGUCCCUGGGGUGAUACACUCGAUGCCGCGGUAUUUGAACUGGUGAUUCAAGAUCAAUUGACAACUCUUUGGUCAAGACAGUUUAUGGAUCAACUCUUAGAACCUAUUCUCAAGUUCCAAGUUACUUCUUCUUCUUCUACUACUAUAUCACCAACAACAACAAUGACGACGACUUCAAGUACAACAAAAUCAAACAAGAUCAUGAUGAACACUAAAAACUUUUUACCUGUUAAAAAGAAGAAUGGUCAAAAUGUUAGUAAAAUCGUCACCAAGGAUAUGGCUGAAUUCUCAAUCAAUACUCAACUGAUAUUCUCAAUGUAUUCACAACUUGGUAAUAUGUUCACUCAACAAAAGAAGAUUAUUUUGGCACGAAUCGCAUUUACACCUGGAUUAAUGUCUCAACUUUGGACGGUGAUGAAUCAUUUUGGACCUCAAGGCAAUAUGGUGAUCUAUCUUGAUGCUGCAAGAAAAAGCGCUGCUGAUCUUGAAAAAGAACCUCUGAUCGAUGUAUUAAGGGUCUUUUGUGAAGCUUGUUCUUUGGUUUUUUUGACAUUGGAUGACAUUGAUAUAUUCCAAAAUGAAACACCUUUUUCUCUUAUUGAUUUACAAGCUUUGGGUCGAUUCUUGAACACAUUUUACUUUGCAUUAGUACAACAACCAUCAAAGAUAGUGGAUGCGACAGAUCAUUCAAACAACAUAUUACAAUCACAUAUGGCAGCAAAACGAUUAUUACUUCAACUUUAUGACUUGGAUAAUCGACGUCGAUUUUGUCCUCCGGAUCAUUGGCUACUUGUAUCAGAUCCUAUGAUAAGCAAGCAAUCUCUUUUACGAUUCCUUUUCAGCUCUUCCUCUUCCAAAGAUGAUUCUCCUGAAGCGUCUCAAUUUUUGACUCAAGUUCGACAAGGCGAUAUGGUAUCAACAAGGAUUCUACAAUUGAUGCCUCACACCAUUCCAUUCAAGACAAGAUUGCAUAUUUUUCGAGAUUGGAUCCAAUUGGACAGAUCAACCAUCACGCGCCAUGCAUCUCAUGCAGUGACGAUACGACGACAACAUGUACUUGAAGAUGGAUUACGCGCUCUUUCUCGGUUACCAUCAGAAGUUUUGAAAGGUGUCAUCCGGGUGUCUUUUGUGAAUGAAUUAGGGAUAGAAGAAGCAGGGAUUGAUCAAGGUGGUCCCUUCAAAGAUUUUGUUACUCUUUUAGUAUCUGAAGUAUUCAAGCCUGAAUAUGGAUUAUUCUCUUGUACUACGGAAACAAACCUUUUUUAUCCUGCAACUACAUCCUCUUUAUUUGGGUCAAAUCAUCUUCAACUUUUUGAAUUUAUUGGCAAAAUGAUUGGAAAAGCUAUUUAUGAAGGAAUACUGCUUGAUUGUCAAUUUGCUGGUUUUAUCUUGUCCAAGAUAUUAGGAAGAAAUGUGUUUUUGGAGGCACUACAAGAACUUGAUGAAGAUGUUUGGCGUAACCUGAUUUUUUUGAAACAUUAUGAAGGCGAUGUUGAAGAUUUGGGAUUGACUUUUGCUACAGAUGAAAGAUCCUUGGAUACUGUUGUGACAAGGGAACUAAAAUAUCAUGGGCAACAAAUAACAGUGACCAAUGAAAACAAAUUGGAAUACGUUUAUUUGAUGGCAGACUUCAAGCUCAAUCAACAAGCUCGAGAACAAACAAGAGCAUUUAUUCAAGGAUUUCGCUCAAUUAUAUCUGCUGGGUGGAUCAAGGUAUUUGCACCUCCAGAGUUACAAAGGGUGAUUUCCGGUGAAGAUAUGGAUUUCGAUGUUCCAGAUCUUCGACGACAUACACAAUAUCAAAAUGGGUACUUUGAUCAACAUCCUAUUAUCAAGUUAUUGUGGCAAAUUGUACAAGACUUCCCAUCCAAUGAAAAAAGGGCUUUUUUGAAGUUUGUGACCAGUUGUCCAAAGCCUCCUUUAGGUGGUUUCAGCUAUCUCCAGCCUCCUUUUACAAUCCGCAUGGUCUCAACCAAUGAACAAUCCAUAGAAGGUAUGGGCUUAGUUCGAGCGAUGUUGAAACUAAACACUGGUGCCGAUAAAUCUGGAAGAUUACCAAGUAGCUCAACAUGUUUUAAUUUACUCAAAUUACCUGCAUAUACCAAGAAGUCCUUAUUACGUGAAAAACUUUGUUAUGCCAUCCAUUCAAAUACCGGAUUCGAGUUAAGCUAAGAUAUUCGAUCACUGAAUGAUGGUAGUUUGACAAUAGUUUAGUGGUAGUUUAGUGAUAGGUGAUCAUCGAUUAUCGAUGAUGAUGUAUAAUAAUAUAAAUAAAAAGAGGAGGGGAUUAUUUACUAUUGAUGUAUAUACAUGUUAUAUGUUAUAAUUGCUUAGACAAACG